AUGCAAGCGAUGCUUCAGGCGUUUUGCGCUUUGUGCGUGCUGGGCCUUGUGACUCUCAGCCGCGGCAACACGACGCCGGUCGCAGAACUGGACGAAUGUUCCAGCCUGCAGGUGGCCGGCCCGUCCACGCACGCAGCUCUGGCAAUGGAGGGGUCACGCUUAAACGGCAGCGUGAACUUCAGCCUCUCCAAUUCGCCCUGUGCUCCUGUGAGAUUUGUUGGAGUAUCAGGUUUGCUACUCACGGCGAAGGCAUGCUGGGCGUCGGAGGCCAUGGAGCUGCUCUCAUCGCUGCUGGCACGGAUGAAGCUCUUGGAGCAAAGUCAAGAGUGCAUCCACUGCGACGAUCUUGUGGAGAUUUCGCGGCAGCUUCCGUUUCCUGAUGUCACCAAGCGGAAUGACUUUUUGAAACAGCUUCACGACAAGGGUAUCUUCAAGGCUGUGCAGAUGCAGAGCCUGAAAUCCAAAGACCUCGGUGACCUCAGUGGCAACCCGCUCCUGCUGAAUAAGCUGCAGGCUGAAAUGUCCAUGCAAGCUGCCGGGACAAAGAAGAACAAAGCACGGAAUGAAGCGAUAAAAAGGAGGAAGGACGCCAUGGAGGACACUGAGGAGGGCUUGGCAGACUUGGAGAGGCUCCUCAACACCGAAUUGAGCGACGCACAGACCUCAUCAAAUGACUUGCGACGACAAGUCCAGGAAGACAUGGCAAGAGCAAGGCAGGCCUUGAACCAGGUAGAGCUGGAGAGCGCCGACUUGGACACUUCCGAUGAACGCAACCAGCUCGACGCUGCUAUCACUUCAGGUGGAUUCGUGAAUGGCCAGCAGCUCCCGCUGUCGACCUUGAUCUCAUAUGCUGGCGUCAUGCGGGGAGUCAGGCUGGCGUCCUUCGGCUCCGUGAACCCGAUUGGAUUGGCGCAAGUUGUGCAGUUCACGCCGGAGAUGCAGGCAAUGAGCGAGGAGGAGCUUCGAUCCACUGUGGCCGUUCAUCCUGCCCAGAGCUCUCUUGAGGUGUCCCUGGAGACGGAAAGGGCAGGAGACUUCGUUUCUUGGCUUCGCAAGGGGAAUCUGAACCUUGAGGAUGCCGUGAUGUCAUUGCCAGGCACACGCUUGUAG